AUGCCUCCCUCAACCAAAACCUACAAAAUCACUCCCGCACCACCCUCCUCCAUCCCAACCCUCGCGCACAUAUCCCAUGCAGCAUUCAAAACCGAUACCCACACCCAACUAAAAGAACUCUGCAAACCUAGCCCCAAACCUCAGUCCGGAACCAGUAGCCAUGCCGCAUCCAUGGCCUCAGCCCUCUCAUCCUGGAAAUCCAGUUCAAAAGGAAAAAUCGUCGUCUUGCAAGCCGUACAAGAAGAGAGUGGAGAGAUUGUAGGCUGGGCUGCAUGGGCGGGUAAAGGUGUUGACCUUGUUGGGAAGGUGAGGAUGCGAAUGAGAAUCGAGAAGACACGGAUGAGAAUCGGAAGGCAGAGAGUGAAGUCGAGGGCGAGGGAGAGCAUGUCGAAGAAGAAACCGAGGUGGCAAAGCCCUCACCCCAAAUCCUCGCCCUCGAAACCCUCACAGAUAACACCAUGA